AUGGUGGUGUUAUGGAUAACAUUACUUUUUCUUCAACAAGCAUACUCUCUGAUGCCAGCAAAAAUAGUCCAGCUUGGUGAAUCAGCAACCUUAACAUGUGCUUUGCCCGAACAGCUCAGCAGUAGAGCAGUCUACUGGUACAAGCAGAGCAUUGGGGAAACUCUUAACUUAAUAGCGGCUCUGUAUAAAACUACAGCACCAGAGUAUGGUCCUGAAUUUUCCAAAUCAAGAUUUAAUGUAAAUAUUGAUGAGAAUUUCAGCAGCUUGUCCAUUCUGAAGACAGUCCAAGAGGAUGAGGGAAUCUAUCACUGUGGAAUCACAGAGUGGAUUAAUGCUGAAUGGAGUGGGACAUAUUUGUUUGUCAAAGGAAACACUCAAAGAGCUUCAAUCUAUACUGUUGUCCAGCAGCCUGUAGAAUCAAAACUAGUCCAUCCAGGAGACACAGAGACUCUUCACUGCUCAGUCUUCUCUGACUCUGAGAAUGAGACAUGUCCAGGAGAUCAUAAUGUGUUCUGGUUCAGAGCAGGAUCACAUAAAUCUCAUCCAAACAUCCUCUACACUCAUAAAAAUGGACAUCGUGAAUGUGAGAAUAGAUCUGAGUCUCUAAGAAGAUGUCUUUAUCACUUCUCAAAGAACAUCAGCUCCUCUGAUGCUGGGACUUAUUACUGUGCUGUGGCCACAUGCGGGGAUAUAUUAUUUGGAAAUGGAACUACACUUGAACUUGGAAGAGAAAAUGCUAUAUCAGGAGCCCAAAAUGACAAAUUGCACCAAGCGACUGAAGCUGAUGAAGAGCUAAACUAUGCUGCACUGAAUUUCUCCGAAAGAAAAACAAGAGCAAGAAGGAAGCAAGAGUUUGCUGAGGACGGCAUCUACUCUCAAGUUACAGGCUGA